AUUGGAACUCUCCGGUAGCUGGCCGUUCACCCCAUAACGCUGGGAGAGAGUUUCUUCAAAUAUGACCUGAUUGAAUAAUUUAACUCUUAUAAUCAAAUGUCACAACAAUUCUCAAUUUUAUAAAAUGUUUUGAACGUUAUGGUAAAGUAUUUUAUAGUGAAAUGGAUUUAUUAGGAUGGUAGUAUGUAAUCAAAGCUCAUUCGAACUCCGUAACAUCUGUUAUUGUCCACCACAUGGCACACACGCUAACAGUGAGCGCUCAGCGCUGCACAAAAUCGCUUCCGUUAACCAGAGAAUCGGAUGUUUGACAUGGGUUACGCUUCUUCUUCGUCUCUCCCAUAUUUACGCUUUCAAACACAUUCAUUAUACAGUGACAGUGCGGUCUUAAAGCAGAUCAAAAGAGGGAAAUGAGCAGCUUCGUCUCGAUUAGUGGAGUGGAACCACAAACCGCAUCGUGCAGCGUGAACUGAUGCUCAAAAGCCACUGCCAGUUACAAAGAAACAACAGCAUCUUCACACAAACUCGUUUUUACGUGUUUCACGUUUCUGAUUUGAUUCGAAUCUGAAGUAUUUCCGGUUACAGCGGCUUCUCACUUUAAACAGUCAUUUACAGGUGUCUCCCUGCCCUGGAUUUAUGACGUUUUUAGUCUUGUUGGAGUUCAUUGGAUGACAAUGAAAGUGCACAAGGUUUCUUCUCAGUCCCAACACGAGCAGCGACACGCCACCAAGCGCCAUGGCAAGAAUAAAUGGCGCAAAAAGAGACACAGUCUGGACACAGCUCUCUUAAAUACAAGUACUGGGACUGCAAAAUUGGAGCAACCGAUACCCAAAAGGGAGAAACCCACAUUAAAACGUUUGAAGAAGUCGUAUACAAAGCCUAUCCCUGAAACCAGCCGUGCCGAGGAGAGAAAGGUUAAGGCUACUUCUGUGACUUUUACUCAUGUCCACACAAAUGGAGGCGCAGAACUGGACGGCAGCAGCAGUUCAGUGGACUCUAAAGAAUGGAGUGAAUAUGCCAACAGUGUUCUUCAGAAUGGAAUGGAGAGUUCAACCUCACCUAAAACAGACCAGAUGGAGGAGGACUGUCUUCAGUUCCAUGCCCACUUUGACCGUACCCACAAUCGUGCUGUUUUAGUCAUGAAACAAGGCCAGGUCUUGUGUUUCCGUGGGAAGUGCCUGCUCACUUGCCUCUAUGGUCAUGUAGAAGUGCUGGGCUUCACCAUAGAGGAGGGCCAACAACCUUACCCCCUGUUCUCCCCACCGUCCCACUGCCCUCUCACCAUCACUGCCUUAGGAAACAACCCCCCCUCCAGCAAGAACAAGAAAGAGGGGCUGCUGGAAGCAAAAGCCAUUGUUCGCAAAUAUUUAUCUUCAGAGCCGAGUAAAAAGCUCAUGAGUGAGCUGGACUCUGACUCAUGUGUGGUGCUUCUGGAGCCUCUGGACACGCCGCUCACCCGCGUUCUCACCAGCUUCUCAGAACUCUCAGAGAUCUUUGGCCUCAACUCGAAGGAGCUGAAGUCUCAGGCUGCCGUCUAUAAUCCUGUUCUGUCAGCUGUCGGUGUUACAGCUCUGCGUGGACCUUGUGCACAGGGUCUGGUGAUGUCACGUAGCUACAGAGAAGCUAUAAGCAGUUUGCUCAGUGCCUGGGCAGGGGAAUUUGACCGCUGUCCCAUAAUUCUUGUUUGUGGGGGGAAAUCCUCUGGCAAAUCCACCUUCAAUCGACACCUUAUUAACAGCCUGCUCAAUCAUACUGUAAGCGUAGAGUAUUUGGAGUGUGAUCUAGGCCAGACUGAGUUCACCCCUCCUGGAUGCCUUUCCUUAAGCUCAGUUACAGAGCCACUGCUGGGGGCUCCUUUCACACACCUGCGUGACCCAGAGCACAUGGUGUACUAUGGUCAGGCAGAUUGUCAGGCUGACAUCGAUCGGUAUCUGGAGUCUCUCAAAUCCCUCUGGCGCCAUGUCAGUGGAGAAAGUCCUGUCAUCAUCAAUACUAUGGGCUGGAUCAGAGGUCAUGGUUUUCAGAUACUGGUCGACCUCAUUCGCCUGUUUUCUGUGACGCAUGUAGUGCAGUUGAGUUAUGGAAACACACCACAGUGUCAGCUUCUUACCCCAGACUUCCUCAGAACUGCCCACGGCUGGCAGACGCACCCACCGACGCCGCCCACCCUGACAGAGGAGCCAGUCGGUCACCUCUCCAUUCGAUCUCAUGUAUUUCUUAGUGUCCAGUCAGAAUUUGAAGGUGCUGGGACAUCUGGAGAAAUGCAACAUCAGCGCAGUAAUGAGCUGCGAGACCUGGCUCUGCUCAGUUACUUCAGUAAGCUGCAGUCCCCAGAACCUGGCCCAAUCCACCCGCUCCACUGCUUCACACCUUACCAGGUCCCACUCUCAGCAGUGGCUAUAGGGGUAACACACUGUGAGGUCGCACCCAACAACAUCCUCUAUGUGGCCAAUGCCAGUAUAGUGGGAUUGUGCUGUCUGAGUGAAAAGGUUGUGGGCAGAGAAGGUCCUGUUGUACUCUCCCAAACUCCUAUCUGUCAGUGUGUGGGCUUAGGUGUUCUGAGGGGGGUAGACAUGGCACGUGGUUUGUACUUUCUGGUUACUCCAGUGUCCCCCUCUGUCCUGAGGCAUGUGAACUGUCUCCUGCUGGGAGAGAUCACUCUGCCUAAAAUAUUGCUCACCAAGCAGCAUGGAGUUGAAGGAGAUUUACCUUACGUCACCACAGACUACAGUUUUGAAGUCCAAGGGGCGGGAAAGCUUCACAUCUACAAAGGACUGACAAGGCCUGGUUUUAUAAAGUCAAAUAACUAAGCUCUUCUGUAUAAACACUGCUUUCUGUGAAUGACAUUUCUAUCCUUGAAUUUGUUUUAUACCCUAAAUAUUGAGGUAAAAUUCGCCAUUGAAUGUACAAAUCUACACAAGUAUUUUGGCUUUUGGAACUGUACACUGGGUAGAUGGAGUGUAUGAGUGCAUAUGCUGUUUCUUUAUCUCUUGUUGAAUGGCUCCAUGUUUAAGAUCCAUAUGGGAAACUCUGCCUCAUCUUUUGAUUUUCUGUACUGUUACAGUUUGUCAACAUGUCAUUGAGGAAAUGUUAGAAAGAGUCUUUGUUUUCCUUUACCAAGUCACAUUCCCAAACCAAGAUAAUGCAGACUGUAAAAUAUUAAAGUGGGUUUCACUUUUGUCAAGAAA